ACCUCUAUAAACAACUAGUUGACAAACGCACAACCCUACAAACCCUGUUAAAUUCCAAAAUCAAAAGAUUACUCACUCACACCAAAUAUUCAUUUUACACUCAAGGAGGAAAAUGCGGGCGAAUGCUAGCCAAAGCCCUUCAGCAAAACACGCAACGCACAUACAUAACCACGAUCAAAAGCAAAGAUGGGACACGCACUCACCUAAUCCCAGCCAUACUUAAAGAAUUCCACGCCUUCUACACAAACCUGUAUAACCUCAGACAGACGCCACCACGACCAGAGGAAAUUACCCAUUUCCUCUCUAACCGAAUCACGCAAACGAUCCCCACAAAC